AGGAUAUUAUUUACCAGGUGGCUCACCAAUAGGAUAUUAUUUACCAGUUGGCUCACCAAUAGGAUAUUAUUUACCAGUUGGCUCACCAAUAGGAUAUUAUUUACCAGUUGGCUCACCAAUAGGAUAUUAUUUACCAGUUGGCUCACCAAUAGGAUAUUAUUUACCAGUUGGCUCACCAAUAGGAUAUUAUUUCGGAACCAAUAUUCUAAAAACAAAGAAGUAUUUUUAUACAAUAUAUCCCGAUUAUUCCAUAUAUAAUAUCUGUGUGGAGAAAAAUUAUGUUUAUAAAUUAAGGACCAUGACAAGAAAACCUGUCGAUGAAAUGCACUUGGCACCUCAGAACCCAUAUGACCUUAGAAGUGACAUAAAAAAUGUUGUCCCAUUAGUGAAGAAGGUGAAGAGGGGGGCGGGCUAAUUUCGCAGUUCAUUCACCCCAUCCACUAAUGGUCCACUAAUUUAGGAGAGUAGGCUAGCCUAGAUUAUUAUUGUCUGUAAACAUUCUUUAAACCCAGUGUAAUAAAAUACAUUGUAUAAAUAAUUAAUACUCCUUCAACCCUUUAUUUUUAUCUAAUAACGAAGUCUGUGAUUAGUUUCCAGCGGUGAGUUAAGGUGAAGACAUUUAAAGGCAAUCAUCAUGAGUCGCAGCCCAGAAAGGAUGUCUUCUUACUGCCGCCACUUCGAGGGCCCUCUCGCCGCCUCCUCUUCCUACCAGGUGCGGAUCUCGAGCCCCUCGCCAACCCGCAAGGAUUUCCGUCACCGCUCUGCCAGCUACAGCCGCAGCGUGGGAAGCAUGGGGAGGAGGAACACCUCCAGCUUCCGCAAAUCCCGCAUGACCAACAGUGUGAGUAUGGGUGCCCUGUGCUUUGGCACGGAGCUGGGGCCCAGCCUGGAUCUGGAUGUAGCUGCAGCGGAGAACCAGGGAUUCAUGAGCACACGCACCGCGGAGAGGAAGGAGAUGGUGGCCCUCAACGACCGCCUGGCUAUCUACACUGAGAAGGUGUGUACUCUGGAGGUGCAGAACAACCUGCUGGAGGCUGAGAUUGAUGUUCUGCAGAACCGCUAUGUGAAGCCAUCUGGGCUGAGACAGCUCUACAAGGGCCAGCUGAGAGAGCUCCACAGGAUCGCUGAGCAGAUGAGAGUGCAGAGGGACCUGGCUGUAGCAGAUAAGGGGGCCAUGGCAGGACAGGUGGAGGUGCUCAAGGUCAAAUAUGAGGAGGCUCUGGAGGCCAGGAAGAAGGCCGAGUUGGAGAUCGAAGCCUUCCGCCCCCGACUUACUGUGAAAACUGCAUGGGAGGCUUACACAGAAAGGAAUAAAAGCAAAUUCAUAGAAGGAAGAGGUAGGCUCCAUUUUGUUUGCCCCUCUCAGGAAAUCGAGGAGCUGAUGCAGCAGAUGUAAGUUGCCAAAGUGGACAUGACCUUUGCCCUCCAUGACCUCUCCUCCGCCCUCAAACAAAUUCAGUCACAGUGUGACAGCAUUGCCGUUAGAAACCUACAGGAGAUUGACGCUUGGUACAAGUCAAAGUUUCAGGACAUGAACAAUGUGACGACCAAAUAUGCUCAAAGAGUUCAAAGUGUGAGAGAGGAAGUCUGAGGUUACAAGAAAGAUAUCCUAAACCUAGAGCGUGAGUUGAAGUCCAUGAAGACGAGGAAUGAGUCCCUGGAGAAUCAGAUUUGUGAUGCUGUGGGGAGACUCAUGAAAGAAGAGACACAUCUGAAAGAAGAGGAGACCCAUCUUGUGAGUAGAGCUACUCUCACAACACAUCUUUACUGUAGAAAGAAGAGGAGACCCAUCUGGAGCGUAUUGUGGGGCUGGAGCUGAAGGUGAUGAAGGAGUAGAUAGCUCUGCUGCUGAGGGAGUACCAGGAGCUGCUCAACGUCAAGAUGGCCCUGGAGAUUGAGAUCACCACCUACCUACAGGGCGCUGAUCGAGGGCGAGGACACCAGUCUCAGUACCAUGGAAGACUCUUCUCAUCAGAGUUGAGACAGAAGACAUGUAUGAGAGUGACAAACAGGAAUGCACCAUCACCAUCUCCGGAGCUGCUGACAACACAGACGAGGAUUAGAAUGUUAGACCAAUACCCUUUAGACCUAAGCCCUUCCACCCUUCCACCCACAAAUGUAUCCUACACCAACCCCCUAGGAUAAUGGUCUUCAGGAUCAGGAUGCCUAUGGUCCUCUUCUGUGUGUCUCUGGCUGCACUAAACCAUCUGAGCCUCACACUGACUUUCUGUUAGCCUUUAACUCUCUGUGUCUUAGAACCAUCUAGCUCUAUAAGCAACAAAUACAAAUAAAAAAACAGCAAAGCAAUUAUC